AAGACAAAAAUCAUAUCAAGAUGGAGGAUCCAAAGCUGCCGAAGUGACAAACAAACUGCUAUUCAUGAUUGCUAAGGACAACUUACCAUUUCGUACAGUUGAAAAGGAAGGUUUCAAAAUCUAUACGAAUGCGUUAUUGCCUUUAUACAAGAUUCCUAGUAGGAAGACCAUAACUUAUCUUAUGGAACAGAAAUACGAUCUCUUAUCAAGUAUGAUGAAAACACAACUUUCACAAGUACAGUAUUUAUCCCUAACUACUGAUAUUUGGACUGAAUCGUUAAAUAUGAAAAGUUUUUUGGGCUUAACGGCACACUUCUUAGUAGAUGAGCAUCAUAAAUCUGUCACAAUUGGCGUUGUUGAGAUGACUGAAAGACAUCAGUCAGAGUAUUUGAAAAAUUGGCUAUUAAGUUUAAUAGAUAAAUGGAAUAUACAUAUGAAAAGUAUCGUAGUCGUUGUGUCAGAUAAUGCUGCCAACAUAAAGAAGGCCAUUGUUGAUGCCUUCGGCGUAGAUAAACAUUUUGCAUGCUUUGCGCAUACCUUAAACUUAGUUUUGGCGAAAAUUAUCGAUGGUGAUGAAAUCGUAAAAAAUUUCUGCGCAAAAAUAAAAAAAAUUGUCACAUUUUUUAAAAAAUCAGUUAUCGCUGCAGACAAAUUACGGCUUCAUUCGGAUUUAAAGUUAAUUCAGAGUGUUGAAACACGGUGGAACUCCACGUAUAGUAUGCUAGAGAGAUUUAUACAAUUGUCUGAAAAAAUUAACUGCAUUCUUUUGCAAUGUCCUACGGCUCCUCCGAUGCUAACUGCUUCGGAGUUACAAUCGACUAAAGAAUUUGUUACAUUGCUAGAACCAUUUGAACAUGCAACAAAAAUCAUAUGCGGCGAAUACUAUCUUACUGCGAGUAAAGUAAUUCCAAUCGUCAAUACUUUAAAGAAUAAAUUACAGACGCUUCAACCUUCUACUGAUAUAGGUCGUCAUUUUACAAAGGUGUUAAAAGAUGAGUUUAUGAAACGAUUUGAGGAUUAUGAACAAAAGUCACUAAUAGCUAUGGCUACAAUUUUAGAUCCUCGAUUUAAAAAUAUAAGUUUUAUCGAUGAAGUUGCUUGCUCACAAGCUAUUAACCAAAUUACAAGGUUUAUAAAUUCUGAAGUUACAGAUACUAACCGCGAAUUUCAAAAUCAACGAGAAAAUUUAGAUUCAGAUAAUAACGAUAUUAACGAUAAAACAAACUUUUGGUCCUAUCAUGAAAAUCGUGUCAGACCAAAAGACAUCUGGAAACCCGUGUUAAAGAACACUGCGCUGACAUUAGAAAGCGUUUCAACCAGCACUCAGUUGUCAGCAAGCACAGAUUAG